CUCUCUCUCUCUCCCUCUCUCCGCCCCGCCCCCAGUUCUUCUACUUCGGCGAGGUCCUGCAGAAGGCGCGGGGCAUGAGCAGCUGGAGCGACUCCCUGAGGGCGGUGUUCUACGGGCCCGGCUGGGUCCCCGGGGCGCCUCGCCUGGGGGACCCCGACGCCUUCCCGGACGUCAAGGCCCCCCGAGCCAAGUACGACCCCCAGGUGCCCCUGUGGAACGUGUGGUACUGCAUAGUGCACCUGUUCCUCGCUCUGGUGUUCCAGCAGCUGCUUCACGCGCGGGUUAUGGUAUUCCCUUGGUACACGACCGCCGCCUACCUCUUCUUCAUCUUCCUGACGGUGGGCUGUGUGGGCGGCAUGCAGGACGGGUCUUGGUGGGCGCCGUACUUAGAGACGCUUCGAUGUUUUCUCUACGUUCUCUACGCCCACCACGCCCACGUCACGCCCUAUCCAGUGGUAGAUGGUGCUCUGGUCGCGUGUUUUCUGCUCGGGUUUUUCGUCUGGUUGAGACACGACCUCGAGGGUGUUGUGGGCGGGACUACGAGCCUAAAAUCCGAACGGAAAUUGGUAAAAUCUGGAUGAAAUUUGGGUUGUUUCUGUUCUGGUUGUUUGGUGGGGUUUAAUUGGUUUAAAUCGUUUGGUUGUGUGGGAGUUUAGGGGAAAGGUUUUUGUGCGUGGGGUUGCGAGCCUAAAAUACGAGUGUGAUUUGGGUAAAAUCGGGUAAAUUUUUUUUUUUCCUGUUGUUUAUUUGUUUAUUUGGAUUCAAUGGUAUGGUUGUUUUGAAGUUUAAGGGAAAGGUAUUGUGCGUGGUACUACGAGCCUAAAAUUGGAGUGAAAUUUGGCUUACGGUUGGGUAAAUUUUGGGUUUAAAUGGUUUUGUUUCUGUGGAAGUUUAAGGGAAAAUUUUUUGUGCGUGGGGUUACGAGCCUAAAAUCGGAAUGAAAAUUGGUGAAGUUAGACAAAUAUUAAGUUCUUUUCCUGGUCGUUUAGUGUCGUUUGAAUAAUACAGUUGUGUGGAGAUGUUUAUAUCGAUGGUUAUUUCCAGAUUCUUAUGCGUGGGUUUACGAGCCUAAAAAUGAAAAUUGGUCGUCGGUUGGAUAUAUUUUAGGUUAUUUUCUGGUUGUAACGCCUUAAUCUGUUAUAGAUGGCGUUGUAAUGCUGCAUUUCGUUCUCGUUUGUUCGAGUGGUUGAGUCGAG